AUGGAUUUCCGCACAAGCACGCCGCUUGUUUUUCCCAAAGAACAUUCAUCGCGUGUUCAUCCAAAUACCGAGUAUCAAAUAAAUACUAAGAGAUUGUUUGUUAUAACUAAUGAUCCAAAUAAUAAUAAUAAUAAUAAUAAUAAUAAUAAUGCGGGUACUAAUAAUAAUUGUAAUAGUGGAGUGUUUUUUAAUAAUUACUGGGAGAAAAUUAAUGGCCCAAAGUUUGUUGAUUUCGCAAAUGAAAUUCCUGAGCCACGUGAUUCAUUUUUUGAUGGACGCCAGUCGAUUUGCCCGACUCCAGUGAAAGAAGAAGAGGCUAUGCAAAUUGAUAAUGGUAUUAUUAAUACAUUAGAAAAUAUUUCUUUGGGAUCGGAUAUCGGCGAGGAAGAUAUUACGCUUAAAGCUGAUACUACUGUAUUUGAGCAAAGUAUAAUUAAUUGCACUACACCUAAUGUCGAUCGAAGAUUAUCACGAUUAUCAACGGCACCCCAGCCAUUUAGUUUUGAAACGCGUGAAAAAGAAAAACAAGAGCGCAGACAAGCCAAAAAGCAAUAUCAGAUGAGCGUAAGCCAGCAGCCACCAGAAUUCAAAGCUCGAGCAGCGCCGAAGUUUAAAAAUGUCCCGAAAAAUCCUGUCAAGCAGAUUAAGAAAGAAGAAAAGCGAAUCCUCCAGGACUUUAUUCCAAAGAAGGAAGUUAAAGUCAUCCAUGAGAUUAAGCCGGUUUGCAGAGGAACUAUCAAAGAAGAAGCUAUAUCUCCAAUACAGUUUUAUCCUGUUGCAACAGCUGAUAAAAGUGUUACUUGUAAUUCUGAUGAGUUGAAUAAUUAUCUGGCUUCUCAAGCGAAGAAUAAGAACUGUGCCGAGGCUGAGAAGAAGAAGGUUGAGGUGUGGAAUCAAAAACCUUUCCAAGUAAAUCUUCCAAAGCGCAGAAUUUUGGUACCAAAAUCUCCAAAAUUACGUACAGCUAAACGAGCUGAAGAGCGAAAAUUGUAUGAAGAAAAAUUGCGACUCCGUGAGCUUGAAUUUGAAGAUUUGAGAAGAACGUUAUCUGAUUCCCAGAAAGAAAAAGAAAAGGACGAAAUAGCUCGCUUACGUCAAAUGGCGACGUUCAAAGCCCGCCCGAUGCCAAAGUACCCUGACGUCAAGGUGUCUGUACCAUUUAAGCGACCUCUUGCUGACCCAACAGUUCCUCUUAUCAGCAAACGUCCUCGUCUAGGUACCUCGAAGAAUUCUCGAUAG